AUGGCUUUCCAGGAGGAUGGGAACCACACUGCAGUGACAGAGUUCAUUUUAUUAGGAUUAACUGAUGACCCAGUUCUUAGACUCGUCCUCUUCACCAUCAUCCUGUGCAUCUACCUGGUGACCAUGUCUGGGAACCUCAGCACAAUCCUUCUUAUCAGAGUCUCUUCCCAGCUCCCACCCAUGUACUUUUUUCUCAGCCACUUGGCUUCUGUUGACAUAGGCAUUUCAUCUUCUGUCACACCCAAUAUGCUUGUCAACUUCCUGGUGGAGAGAAACACAAUUUCUUACUUUGGAUGUGCCAUCCAGCUUGGCUCAGCUGCUUUCUUUGGAUCAACUGAGUCAUUUAUUUUAGCUGCCAUGGCUUAUGAUCGUUUUGUGGCAAUCUGCAAUCUUUAUUCCACCAAAAUGUCCUCACAAGUCUGUAUCCAGUUGGUUGUAGGAUCUUAUAUAGGGGGUUUUCUUAAUGCUUCCUCCUUCACCCUUUCCUUCUUUUCUUUUUUCAUCUGUGGACCAAACAGAAUCAAUCACUUUUUCUGUGAUUUUGCUCCUUUGGUGGAGCUCUCCUGCUCUGAUAACAGUGUACUCAUAGUUCUUGAUUCAUUUUCUGCUGGAUCUAUCAUUGUUAUCAGAGUGUUUGUCAUUGCUGUCUCCUACACCUACAUCCUCAUCACCAUCCUGAAGAUGCGCUCCACUGAGGGCCGCCACAAGGCCUUCUCCACCUGCACCUCCCACCUCACUGCAGUCACUCUGUUCUAUGGGACCAUCACAUUCAUUUAUGUGAUGCCCAAGUCCCCCUACUCCACGGACCAGAACAAGGUGGUGUCUGUGUUCUACAUGGUGGUGAUCCCCAUGUUGAACCCCCUCAUUUACAGCCUCAGGAACAAUGAGAUUAAGGGUGCUGUGAAGAGACAGCUUAGUAAAAAACAAUUUGCUUAG